AUGACGGCGGCCAUCGCAAUUUUUGAGUGGGCCACAGGGCCUUGGCCAACAGAGGUCCCGUGUGUUCACCCAGCCCCUGUUUUUAUCGCCCCGCUCCGCUCCGCAGCCAACGACGCCAUGCUGCUGAAGUCGGGCUGGAAGGGGAUGGGGGGGGCGCCCGGGGCAGAGCGGCGCUCUGAGGGCCCCGGGGGGACCGCCACGCCCUCCCUGCAGAACACUCUCUGGUGCCACUGCUACCACCAGUGUCCCGACAACGCCGUCAACAACACCUGCCCUACGGAUGGCUACUGCUUCACCAUGGUGGAGGAGGAGGGGGGCGUGGAGGUACACACGGCUGGGUGCAUCGGCCUGGCUGGCUCCGAGUUCCAAUGCAGGGACAACGUGAACGCCCGUCUGAGGCGAGUGCUGGAGUGUUGCACAGACCGGGAUUACUGCAACAAAGACCUGCACCCCGCUCUGACCCCGCUAACAGUGCCAGAUUUCGUGGACAGUAGUAUCCACCUCAUGGCUCUCUUCAUCUCCAUCACGGUCUGCACUAUUAUCCUGGGCCUCAUCAUCGCCUUCUGGUAUUUCAGAUAUAAGCGGCAGGAGUCACGCCCGCGCUACAGUAUCGACCUGGAACAGGAUGAGACCUACAUACCCCCUGGAGAGUCCCUGAAGGAUCUCAUCGAGCACUCCCGCAGCGUGGGCUCCGGGUCGGGCUCAGGGCUCCCCCUGCUGGUGCAGCGCACCAUCGCCAAGCAGAUCCAGAUGAUGAAGCAGGUGGGGAAGGGGCGCUACGGGGAGGUGUGGAUGGGCCGGUGGCGCGGCGAGAGGGUGGCCGUCAAGGUGUUCUUCACCACCGAGGAGGAGAGCUGGUUCAGGGAGACGGAGAUCUACCAGACCUUCCUCAUGAGGCACGACAACAUACUGGGAUUCAUAGCGGCGGACAUCAAGGGCACUGGCUCAUGGACGCAGCUCUACCUGAUCACUGACUACCACGAGAACGGCUCGCUGUACGACUACCUCCGCUCCAACACGCUGGACGUGCGCGCGCUGCUCAAGCUGGCCUACUCCGCCAUCUCGGGCCUCUGCCACCUGCACACGGAGAUCUACGGCACGCAGGGCAAGCCCGCCAUCGCCCACCGCGACCUGAAGAGCAAGAACAUCCUGGUGAAGAGGAACGGCUCCUGCUGCAUCGCCGACCUGGGCCUGGCGGUCAAGUUCAACAGCGAUACCAACGAGGUGGACAUCCCCCCCAACCUGCGGGUGGGCACCAAGCGCUACAUGCCCCCCGAGGUGCUGGACGAGAGCCUGAACCGAAACUACUUUCAGUCCUUCAUGAUGGCCGACAUGUACAGCCUGGGCCUCAUCCUGUGGGAGAUGGCCCGCCGCUGCACGUCUGGAGGCAUCGUGGAGGACUACCAGCUGCCCUACUUCGACCUGGUGCCAGGGGACCCGUCCUACGAGGACAUGAGGGAGGUGGUCUGCAUCAAGAAACAGAGACCCUCCUUCGCCAACCGCUGGAGCAGCGACGAGUGUUUACGGCAGGUGGGCAAGCUGAUGUCCGAGUGUUGGGCUCACAACCCGGCCUCCCGCCUGACCGCCCUGAGGGUGAAGAAGACCCUGGUCAAGAUGCUGGAGUCCCAGGACAUCAAGUUGUGACCUGAUCCCCCCCCCCCGUAGCCUCGCCAGGCCGUCCCUCACGUUCACUUCCUGUUCCUGUCGGCUGAUCGGUCUGGCCUCCAGCUCGGUUGAUGAUAGCCUCGCCCCGAAAAAGAUUUACGAAAAGCCUCCCUUAAAAAAAAAAUAGUGGCGCCCGAGAAAAGUGUAGCAACCAACGGUGCGAACAACAAAAAGGCUUUUCUCAAUUAUUUUGGCUUUACCGUAAACCGGAUUGAGCAAAGAGUAGAUAAGAUAAGAGCAUCACUCUGAUUGGCAGGAGCCUUUUGAACAACAUAAUGCCAAGAAGACCAUAUUUUGUGUUAAAUGACGGCCCAGCGGAGGCAAGACUGGCUCAUUGUGAAAGGCAAACGUGAACAUUAGGAUGGUCUGAUGAGGCUACCCCCUCCUAACGUAACCUCCUAAAGAGACUGUACACACCCUGACAAACACACACACACACACACACACACACACACACACACACACACACACACACACACACACACACACACACACACACACACACACACACACACUGACCUGAUCAAGAAAGGGUAGUAAAAAGAGAGACAUGAUAUAUGAAUGGAGGACAGGAGGGAGAUCAUGGUAUUGUAGUUGUAUUAUAGUUUUCAGGGUGAUAUCUGCAGACUGAGAGGUCUGUCGUGAACACUGCUUUCUGUGAAAGCUCAAUUUUUCGUCCGCCCCGGUCCUGUCUAGUCAUGUACUGUUCACCAUACGCUAGUCCAGUAGUUGUACGCUUCAGAGCACAGCAAAUAAAUUGAAUUGAAUUGAAGUUUAUUCAAUUCAAGACAAUUCGGUCUAGUCUAGCAUAGUCUAUCUAGCAUAGUCUAUCUAGUCUGGUCCAGGCUAGUCAGGUUUAGUCCAGUCCAGCCUUCAAAUUCAAUUAAAUUCAAUGAAUUAUAGUUCAGUUUAUUCUAGUCCAGUCAUGUCCCCUAUCAACAUUGGACAAUCAGUCGAGAUCAGUCCGGUUCAAUCCAGUUGAAUCCCUGCCCAAGCGAGUCCAGUGGUGUUCAGUCCAGUUUUUUGCGAUUAAGUCAAUUUUGUGUAAAGGGAUUUAGGUAGGCAUGAAGCUGCUGACCCCUAUGGGCAGGGGGUGGGAAUACACUUCCUCAAGUCUCUGCCUCUUUAAGCCAUAUAACAGUAUUUGUCUUGACAAUUGUUCUUUUGUACUGUAAUAGGCAUCAUCAAAGGGGUUGUGUCUGUUUUCUGCGCAUGAGACAGAGACCGCACAAUGUAAACAGCAGACGGCCAUGUCAGCCAAAGCAUUUUGUUAUUCCAAAGAAGUGCUCAGUGACCUCUAUGUAAAAUACCGUUAACUUAAAAUGAUUAUUAUCAAUAUUAUUAUUAUUGUUAUUAUUAUUAACAAGAAGAUGUGCAACUUGACUGCCAAAAACGCGAGAGAACACAAACAAGACAAGGAAGGUAAACACUUAAUCACUGGCAGGUUUGAUUUUUGCUCAAAUAAAUAAGCAAUCUCAUCUUAACAGCAUUCUAGGUCCCAAUCAUUGGUUUAUUCAGGAAUCAUGCAAUUACCAGUCACGAAAAAAAAUAAACUUUUGUUUGUGAAAUGAAGUCUCAAAACCGGAUAAAAAAAACAAACUGCUCUUACUUUGUAACAGUCUCCCUCAUACUUUCUUCUUCCUUCUCGCAAUUGUAUAUAAUAAAAAAAUAUGAGAUUUAUUGA